AUGCCCCCUAUCUGGUGGUCUGAGACAGGAAGAAGGACCCCUGCUAUUUGGCCUCUGAAAACCAAGAGGUGGACUGAGACAGGAAGAAGGACCUCUGCUAUUUGGCCUCUGAAACCAAAGUGGUGGUCUGAGACAGGAAGAAGGACCCCUGCUAUUUGGUGUCUGAAACCCAAGAGGUGGACUGAGACAGGAAGAAGGACCUCUGCUAUUUGGCUUCUGAAACCAAAGAGGUGGUCUGAAACAGGAAGAAGGACCCCUGCUAUUUGGUGUCUGAAGCCCAAGAGGUGGUCUGAGACAGGAAGAAGGACCCCUGCUAUUUGGCCUCUGAAAACCAAGAGGUGGACUGAAACAGGAAGGAGGACCUCUGCUAUUUGGCCUCUGAAACCCAAGAGGUGGUCUGAGACAGGAAGAAGGACCCCUGCUAUUUGGCUUCUGAAAACCAAGAGGAUGAAGGACCACCCAAAUUUGCCAUCGGAAAACACGAAGAGGAAGGACCUCCUAAAUUUGGCCUCAGAAAAACCAAGAGCUCUUUAUUCUGCAGGUAAAGGGAGGACGACUGCCAAAAUUGUCCCUCAGAAAACGCCAUCAGGUGGAAUGGUCAACCGCCACAACUUGGCCUUGGAAAACACCAGAACCUUCUUUUCCCAUAAUCAGUGAAACAAUAAACAUGCUCCUAUGAGCUGAAACUAAGCCACUAAGCACACAUUGUUUUUCAUUCUGCAGGUGGAAUGAGAGGGAAAACGACUGCCGAAAUUGGGCGUCAGAAAAGAUGAUGAGGUGGAAUGAGAGGGAAAACGACUGCCGAAAUUGGGCGUCAGAAAAGAUGAUGAGGUGGAAUGAGAGGGAA